CAUCAAAUCUUUAUCUCUUGUUCUUUUCCCUUAAACUUGUCCAAAGAUGGCUAACUUGACCAGAUCCAACGCGCGGAUCGUCCGUUUCGCUGUGUUUGCUGCUAUUUUGAUUGCUUGUGGGUUCAUUCUCUCCAAGGGAUCUUCUUACUCUGCUCCUCCUUCGGUUAAAUCUGUCGCUCAACCAGGUCCUCCUGUUCAAGUAGCUACUCCACCAGUUGAUGCCAAAGACUCUUUAAUCAACAAGGCUGCUGAUGCUCCUGCUGCUGCUCCUGCUGCUGCUCCUGCUGCUCCUGCUGCCAAGGCCGGUGCCCCAGCUGUUCCUGCCAAGGCUGCUGUUCCACCACCUGCUGCUGCUGCUCCUGCUAAGCAAGAAGGUAUUCCUCAAGCUCCUUCUGAUGAUAUUGGAGGUAGUUCCAAUGCUAAGGCUCAAGCUCCAGCUGCUGCUGCCCCAGCUGCUGCUGCUGCUGCCAAGGCCGGUGAUGAUAAGGCUGCCGGUUCCGAUUCCAAUGCUGGAACUGCUAAGGCUUCUGGAUCACGUAUUUCUGCCACUUUCGUGUCUCUUGCUCGUAACUCUGAUGCUCAAUCUCUUCUUGGUUCUAUCCGUCAAAUUGAAGACCGUUUCAACAAGAACUACAACUAUGAUUGGGUUUUCCUUAAUGACGAACCAUUUGACCAAAACUUUAAGGAUAUCACUAGUGCUGCAGUUUCUGGUAGGGCCAGAUAUGGUCUUAUUCCAAAGGAACAAUGGUCUUACCCUGACCACAUUGAUCAAGAAAAGGCUGCUUACACUCGUGAACAAAUGAAGAACGAUGGUGUCAUCUAUGGUGAUUCUGUUCCUUACCGUCACAUGUGUCGUUAUGAAUCUGGGUUCUUUUGGCGUCAUGAACUCAUGAUGGAUUAUGAAUACUACUGGAGAGUCGAACCAGAUGUCAAGAUUUACUGUGACAUUGAUUACGAUGUCUUCAAGUGGAUGAAGGAUAACAACAAGGACUACUCCUUCACCAUUUCUCUUCCUGAAUAUGACAAGACCAUCCCAACCUUAUGGGAAACCACUAAGGCUUUCAUUGAAGAAAACCCUCAAUAUCUUGACAAGGAUAAUAUGAUGGAUUGGAUUUCUAACGAUAAGGGUCAAACUUACAACGGUUGUCAUUUCUGGUCUAAUUUCGAAAUUGCCAACUUGAACUUCUGGAGAGGUGAAGCUUACACCAAGUACUUUGAAGCUUUGGAUGCAGCUGGUGGUUUCUUCUACGAACGUUGGGGUGAUGCUCCAGUUCAUUCUAUUGCUGUUUCCUUAUUCAUGCCAAGAGACAAGGUUCAUUUCUUUGAAGAUGUUGGAUACUUCCAUGUUCCAUUCCAUAACUGUCCAGUUAACAAGGCUACUAGACUUGCUAAGAACUGUGUUUGUAACCCUAGCGAUGAUUUCACUUGGAGAGGUCACUCUUGUACCCCAAGAUACUACUCCGUUAAGGGUCUCAAGAGACCUGAAGGUUGGGAAAACUUCACUUGAUGAUUAAGUAUAGAAAAAAAAAAAACACAAAAUAAUAUCAUAUGGUAUAAUACUCUAUGUUUAUAUUUAAAUUGGAAUUAUUCCAAUACUUUCUUUCUUUUCCAUUUAUUGGAUUUAGGACGAUACUUACUUAAAUACCGAAUGGAUCUGGAUGGAUCUGGAAAUUCUCCU